GCAGCCGCUCACCCACUGGACUCCAGGCGCUCCUUGCCUCCUUCUUCCUGUUUUCUUCCCAGGGAUUUCUUGCUGGAGCACAGUCUCCCCAAAAGGGCAGAGUCCAGAGGAGAAACUGUGGGACUGGACGAGAGAGUGGGAUGUUUCAUCGAGCCUUUGCCGCCUUCCCACACUCCAGGCAAGCUGUGAGUUGCGUUGUCAGGAUGAAUCGCACCAGCGCCACAAGCCGUGGCAUCCUUGCCGACAAAGUAGCCCUGGUGACUGCCUCCACCGAAGGAAUUGGCUUGGCAAUUGCUCGCCGCCUGGCUCAAGAUGGCGCCCAUGUGGUUGUGAGCAGCCGAAAACAAGCCAACGUGGACCAGGCUGUGGCCAAGUUGCAAACAGAGAACCUCAGCGUGUCGGGUUUGGUGUGCCACGUGGGGAAAGCUGAAGACAGGCAGCGUCUUAUCGAUGCGGCCCUUGAGCGCCAUGGAGGAAUUGAUAUUUUGGUGUCUAAUGCGGCCGUGAACCCUUAUUUCGGCAGUAUCCUUGGUGCUUCAGAAGAUGUCUGGGACAAGAUUUUGGAUAUCAACAUAAAGGCUGCUGCCAUGCUGGUUCAACUGGUGGUGCCUCACAUGGAGAAGAGAGGAGGUGGUUCCAUUGUACUGGUCUCGUCCAUUGCUGCAUAUUCCCCUUUCUCGAGUUUGGGCCCCUACAACGUCAGCAAGACAGCUCUUCUGGGCCUUAUGCGCAACUAUGUCGAGGAAUUGACCCCCAGAAAUAUUCGUAUCAACUGCCUUGCUCCUGGCUUGAUCCGCACCAAGUUCAGCACAGCUCUCAGGCAAGAUGAAGCUGUGCUGGAGAAAGUGAUGGAGAACAUGCGGAUCUCAAGAAUUGGAGAACCAGCGGAUUGUUCCGGCAUAGUGUCCUUCCUUUGUUCACCGGAUGCUGACUAUAUUACGGGAGAGACAGUGGUGGUGGCAGGAGGCUCACCAUCCCGUCUCUGAUGGGACUUUUGGCCCUUUUUCUUCCCACUGACAUAGAUGGACACUCAGGCAGAUGAUUUCACAGAGCCCUCCCUCAAUUUCAGAAAUUAGAUAUUGGGGGGGGGGGAUUAUAUUGGAUGACAGAUUUGUAUGUAGAUUUGAGAGGAUUCUUGGUUAUGGGGAUGCAAGCUAUCUUGUCUUGAAACUCCAUCAGAAGCUAUAAAUGGAAGAAGCAUAGUAUUUCAUUUCAGAUUCUGUGUGUAGAGAUAUAAGAGGAUGUUGAAAGCUGUAUGCCAAGCUGAAGGAUCCUUUUGCACACAAGAGAGAAUAUAAAUUCAAAAUCCUUUUAAAGGCCCUGGGUGGAGCUCCUCUUUGAAAUGAAGAUAGCCUAAAAUGGGAUGGUAGCUGUGUUGGGUCCAGGAUCCAGUUUUCUACUCCCGAGACACUUCUGGGGCACAUGGACUGCCCCAAAGGCUGAAAAACAAGAAAGCAAAUUUUGUAAAAAAUAAAUAAAUCUGUUUUGUUAAAAAACAUAUUCUUGAUGGUAAACAGUGCAGGUAGAAAGCACUGUUGCUGUGAUCAUAGUGAACACAGGUUAUCAGACAGCAUCUAGUAUCUGCAAAGAGCGUCUAGCUUAUAUUCAGGCAUAUUUUACAAGCUGUUAAAUUGAACCAGGGAUCUAUUUAAGAAAUAAGCAGCUGCUAGAGACUUGGGGAGGAUCAGUUAGCCCUCUUCUUUUUUUAAGGCCAGAAAAUGGGUAGUGCAGGGAAUCUGGAAGGGCAGAGGACUGCAGAAAGAGCCUUGGGGGCCACAUGGGGCCCAGGACCACCCUUUGCUCCCCCAUCAAAAACACCCAGAUGUUUAGCGGGGUCAUGUAUGGCUAGUUGGAGAGGGGUUCCUGGUGGACCCUUUUAGAGGAGUAUUAGUUGGUUAGGAAUGCAUUCGUCGGAUCACAAAAAGGUUGGAGUGGUGAAAGCUUUUGGGGGGAAGGGGGCUAUGGAUGCUAUGUGCCACUUUUAAGGAAUAGAAACAAUUCUGUAUCAUUUCUCUGUGCCUUUCACUGCUUUUUCUUCCUAGCCAAAAUAAAGCUGUCUCUUUGAUUGA